GAGAAAAUGCUCCAUGCUCCGUUGCAAAGAUCAGGGAGGACACUCCGGACCGUACACUUUGCCAGACCCAGCAGUUGGGAUGAAAGUAGUUCCAUCAGCAGUGGCCUCAGUGAUGCCUCAGACAAUCUCAGUUCGGAAGAAUUCAAUGCCAGUUCUUCACUCAAUUCCCUGCCUUCCACCCCCACAGCUUCCCGCAGAAACUCUGCCAUAGCGCUACGCACAGAUUCUGAGAAACGGUCAUUGGCAGAGAGUGGACUGAACUGGUAUGGUGAACCAGAGGAGAAGACCCAGAAGAAGAUGGACUAUGACAGUGGGAGCCUGAAAAUGGAGCACAGUUCCUCCAAGUGGCGACGGGAACGUUCUGAAAGCUGUGAUGAAGCUCCUGCCAAAGGUGGGGAGCUGAAAAAGCCUGUUAGUUUGGGUCCACCAGGCUCCUUGAAGAAGGGCAAGACACCACCUGUGGCAGUGACCUCCCCCAUUACUCACACAGCCCAGACUCUUAAAGUGGCAGGUAAGCCUGAAGCAAAAGCAACAGACAAAAGCAAGCUGUUUGUGAAAAAUGCUGGCCUGCAGCGAUCAUCUUCCGAUGCUGGCCGAGAUCGGCUUUCAGAUGCCAAGAAGCCUCCCUCUGGGCUUACACGAACCACCACGGCUGGCUCCUUUGGUUACAACAAGAAACCCCCUCCUGCAACAGGUACUGCCACAGUGAUGCAAGCUGGUGGCUCAGCUACACUUGGCAAGAUCCAGAAGAACUCCAGUAUUCCUGUCAAGCCCGUCAAUGGCAGGAAAACCAGCUUGGAUGUCUCUAAUGCAGGGGAGCCUGGGUUUAUGGCACCAGGGGCCCGCACCAACAUCCAGUACCGGAGCCUGCCACGCCCUGCCAAGUCUAGCUCCAUGAGCGUCACUGGUGGGCGAAGUGGCCCACGUCCUGUCAGCAGCAGCAUUGAUCCCAGCCUCCUCAGUACCAAGGGGGGCAUUUCUGUUUCACGCCUCAAGGAGCCCUCUAAAAUAGGCACCAGUCGGAGCACCCCAGGGCCAGUGAAUCAAACCGACAGGGAGAAGGAGAAGGCCAAAGCCAAAGCAGUGGCGCUGGACUCGGACUCUGCCUCGCUCAAGAGCAUCGGCUCCCCUGAAAGCACCCCAAAAGCUCAGAGUGGCCACCAGACACCUGCCAAAGAGGCUGAGCUGCCACCAACGCCCCUCAGGUCAGCUGCCAAAAGCUAUGUAAAAGCUCCUUCUUUGGCAAACUUGGACAAGGUGAAUUCUAACAGUCUAGACCUCCCUUCUUCAAAUGAUCUCCAUCAGUUGCAUAGUGGCAAACUGCAAGAGUCACACCCAGCUACUGUAAAUGUGGGCACCCAUCUCACAUCAUGCUUCACACCAAGCCCUGCUCCAGUCCUUAACAUUAACUCUGCUAGCUUCUCCCAGGGCCUGGAGCUCAUGGGGGGGUUCAGCAUCCCCAAGGAAACCCGCAUGUACUCCAAGCUUUCAGGGUUGCACAGGAGCAUGGAAUCCUUACAGAUGCCUAUGAACCUGCACAAUGCCUUUUCUGUAGGCAGCACUACUGCACCUCCCACUGCCUCUACGCCUCCUGUUGCUGCUGAGGAAGAAUCCAGUGAGAUGGCCUGGACUGGGAGUCCAAGAAUCACACAUCUGGAAAGCUCUAACCGUGACCGGAAUACGUUACCCAAGAAGGGACUGAGGUAUCAAAUCCAGCCCCAGGAAGAGACCAAGGAGAGGCGACACUCACACACAAUUGGAGGAAUGCAGGAAUCGGAUGAUGCAUCUGAACUGCCCUCUCCUCCUGCUAUCUCCAUGCCAUUGGUUGGGAAAGCUCCACUCACAAAUAUUGUGAGUCCCACGGCAGCCAACACCCCAAGGAUCACCCGUUCUAACAGCAUUCCCACUCAUGACUCCACCUUCGAGCUCUACAACGCCUCCCCCAUGGGCAGCACCCUCUCCUUGGCAGACCGACCCAAGGGCAUGAUCCGCUCGGGCUCCUUCCGCGACCCUGUGGAUGAUGUUCACGGAUCUGUGCUGUCCCUGGCCUCCAGCGCUUCCUCAACUUAUUCCUCAGCUGAGGAGAGGAUGCAGUCAGAGCAAAUCCGCAAACUGCGCCGUGAAUUGGAGUCGUCCCAGGAGAAAGUAGCCACGCUGACAUCCCAGCUUUCAGCCAACGCUAACUUAGUAGCAGCAUUUGAACAAAGUCUGGUAAACAUGACAUCCCGUCUCCGGCAGCUGGCAGAGACUGCAGAAGAAAAGGACAGUGAGUUGUUGGACUUGCGGGAAACUAUUGAUUUCUUGAAGAAGAAGAAUUCAGAGGCCCAGGCUGUUAUCCAAGGGGCCUUGAAUGGAACUGACAUUACACCCAAAGAACUACGAAUCAAGAGGCAAAACUCAUCAGAUAGUAUAUCCAGCCUGAAUAGCAUCACUAGCCAUUCUAGCAUUGGUAGUGGCAAAGAUGCGGAUGCCAAGAAGAAGAAGAAGAAAAGCUGGUUAAGGAGCUCUUUCAACAAAGCUUUCAGCAUCAAAAAGGGUCCAAAAUCUGCCUCCUCCUAUUCUGAUAUAGAGGAAAUUGCCACCCCUGACUCUUCAGCACCAUCAUCCCCCAAACUGCAACAUGGAUCCAUGGAGACAGCUUCUCCUUCUAUCAAAUCUUCUAACUCCUCUUCUGUAGGCAUUGAUACCACUGAACUGUUCCAGACCAAUGAAGAAGAACCUGAGAAAAAGGAGGUUUCAGAAUUACGCUCAGAGCUGUGGGAAAAAGAAAUGAAACUGACUGACAUUCGUUUGGAAGCCCUAAACUCUGCCCAUCAGCUGGAUCAGCUGCGUGAAACUAUGCACAAUAUGCAGCUGGAAGUAGAUCUAUUGAAAGCUGAAAAUGACCGGCUAAAGGUGGCACCUGGGCCAUCAUCUAUCCCAAGCCAUGUUUUGAGUUCAUCUGCUGCAUCUUCCCCAAGGCGCUCCCUAGGACUACAGCUGAGUCACUCUUUCAGUCCCAGCUUAACUGAUACAGAAUUGUCACCAAUGGAUGGCAUCAGUGCUGGCACCCAGAAGGAUGAGGUGGUACUGCGAAUAGUAGUGCGCAUGCCACCUCAGCACAUCAUCAAAGGAGACUUGAAGCAGCAGGAAUUUUAUUUGGGCAGUAGCAAAGUAAAUGGGAAAUUGGACUGGAAAAUGCUGGAUGAAGCUGUCUGUCAGGUCUUCAAGGACUAUGUCACCAAGAUGGACCCUGCUCUGACUCUGGGGCUCAGCAUUGAGUCUGUCUACGGCUACAGCAUUAGCCAUGUUAAAAGAAUCUUGGACAUGGAGCCACCAGAACUACCUCCUGCCCGCCGGGGUGUAACCAGCAUUGCUGUGACUUUGAAAGGUUUGAAAGAAAAAUGUGUGGACAGCCUGGUUUUUGAGACUCUUAUCCCCAAACCAAUGAUGCAGCACUACAUAAGCCUUCUACUCAAGCACCGGCGCCUUAUCCUUUCUGGGCCAAGUGGAACUGGCAAGACCUACCUGACCAAUCGUCUGGCUGAAUAUCUGGUGGAACGUUCAGGCCGCGAGGUUACUGAUGGCAUUGUGAAUACUUUCAACAUGCACCAGCAGUCGUGCAAGGACUUACAGCUUUACCUCUCCAAUCUAGCUAAUCAGAUUGAUCGGGAAACAGGGAUAGAUGUUCCAUUAGUCAUCCUCCUAGAUGAUCUCAGUGAACCUGGCUCCAUCAGUGAGCUUGUCAAUGGAGCACUUACCUGCAAGUACCACAAAUGCCCCUACAUAAUUGGGACAACUAACCAGCCUGUCAAGAUGACUCCAAACCAUGGCCUCCACCUCAGCUUCAGGAUGCUGACUUUCUCCAAUAACGUGGAGCCCGCCAAUGGCUUCCUGGUCCGCUACCUGCGUCGGAAGCUGCUUGAGUCUGACAGUGAUGUCAAUGCCAAUCGGGAGGAACUACUACGUGUGUUGGACUGGGUGCCAAAGCUCUGGUAUCACCUCCAUACCUUCUUGGAGAAGCAUAGCACUUCUGACUUUCUCAUCGGUCCUUGUUUCUUCCUGUCAUGCCCAAUUGGUAUUGAGGAUUUCCGAACCUGGUUCAUUGACUUGUGGAACAAUUCCAUUAUCCCCUAUCUUCAGGAAGGAGCAAAGGAUGGGAUCAAGGUACACGGGCAGAAAGCUGCUUGGGAGGACCCUGUGGAGUGGGUGAGAGACACAUUGCCUUGGCCAUCAGCCCAGCAAGACCAGUCAAAAUUAUACCAUCUUCCCCCACCCAGCGUGGGGCCCCACAGCAUAGUCUCUCCUCCAGAGGAACGGAGUGGCAAGGAUUCUACACCCAAUUCGCUAGAAUCAGACCCCUUGAUGGCAAUGUUGCUGAAGCUCCAGGAAGCAGCCAACUACAUUGAAUCUCCUGACCGAGAAACCUUGGACCCCAGUGUGCAGUCUGCACUCUAAAAAUAACUGGAUUGGGAUGGAAUGGAGACUGGAAUGAGCCAAUCUUGGCUGUCUUUGCUCCUAGGUCUUCUUUCUUUUUUCUCCGGAACCUGUGGUCUGGAAUAAACACCACAGAGUGGCAGGGAGGUGCCCAUCACUUCCUUUGGGAUCUGUGCAGGUGAACAGUGAAAGAGGAGACAGUUUGGUCUCCUUUGCAAGAUACUGCUCUCCCUCCACCUCCCAGUAACCCUGGUGGUAAGAGAAUGGUGGGUUUUAUUCUUGGGCUUUCUGCCUCUGUCAUAAACUCCUGGUUUUGCAGUAUGAUUGGGGGGCAUCAAGAAAUCCCUCACAUCCAGUGUUCCCAACAUAAAUGUUCUUGUGUAAGACAAGAGACUCUGGAGAUAGCCACACAGAGCUGGCCGCUGUAUUUCUGCAGGGCAGUGCUAACAGGCAGGGCAAUAGCCAAGUUUGUGGUACCCUAAUAUGAGGAUCUUUUUAUAAAAUAAAGCAAACCCCAGAAAGCAUCAGAGUGAAAGCGUCAUUGCUGCUCUUGGAGCUGUUUCCUGUGGUUGCUGCCCUUCGACUUUCCUGCCACAACCAACAUAGGCAAAGAUCUAGCAGGACUGUUAACUCUUGUCUUUGUACCCUCCUUAUUUAAUCUGCAUGAAGGUCUUUUUACUUUCAAACUCCCAAUAAACUCUUUUUCCUCCUCCACUUUAUUUUAUUCAGUUUAUCUGGGCCAUUCCAUUUGCUCUUUAGUUCUAGGAAUUAUGUUCUGUGUUUAAUCAUCUGCCUUUGGUUCCACAGGAAGGAGCCUCCUAAGUUAACAGUGUUUUCUCUUUCAGUUUACCUUUUUCUUGUUUUACCUUUCUGUAAAUUCCAUCCCCACAGACCCUCCAACUAAAUUUGGUGCUGACUGGAUGACUUCCAGUAACUUAAAUCCACUUCCUGGAUCCUUGCAGCUUGCAUCAGAUGCACACAGAGUUGAAUCAGCAGCACAACUAUGCACAAUUUGCAUGUAGACUCCCCUUCUUGUGCUAUUCUGUAUCAUUCCUUUCUGAAAAGCACAAGAGUUCAGGAAACUGUGAUCAAAGGGAGAAUGGGAGAAUGUGUCAUUGUGGUGCAUCCCCUACAGGACAGCAACGUCAAUUUUUUUUCCAGUUCUAUACUGCUUACCAAUGUGCUUGUCAAUCUCUUUUCUUCCACCCAUUUUCUCAUUAUUUCAUUUUGGGGAGACAGGGUAAUAGAUCCUUUUUAUAGGAGCUGUCUUGAACCUGUUGUCAUUCAGAUGUGCUGGAACUCAACUCCACUAAUCUCUAGUCAGCACAGCCAUG